GAUCAUUUCGCCUCUGAACUCUCGACAUACCUUUGGCUUCAAGACCAGACUACAACCGUCGAUGAAGAUGUCCAUUCCUAGCUCUUACCGAGUCAACCCUUACCCCUCGGCUUCGUUCCCCAAACGAUUCUCUUACUCGCUGCAAGACCUCGCUCCGCACGAUAAUGCCCCUGCCACCGACUUUUACGUGUACAGCCGGAUGCCGAGUUUGAACAAGUUUUACGGGGACGUCUUGCCUGCUCCCGUGGUCGCUUCGGUAGGAACGGGGAAGACUACGCCGACGGUGUUACCUAAAAUACUCGACCUGGCUAGCAGUUGGGUCAGCCAUAUCCCCCUCAAAGACAAGGGCGGAGCCAUCUUCCCUCGAAACCGGGUCGUCGGCGUUGGUCUCAACGCACAAGAGUUGAAGGCGAAUCCGAUCUUGAGUCGUUACAAGGUCCUCGACCUGGACGUGCAGCCGGAUAUCAAGCAGGCCUUGUCGGACGGGACGGAGAAGGGGGAAGCUUUUCAGGCAGUCAGCCAGAUGAUGGGAGAGCAGGCAGCGACCCCGGAACCCCCGUUCGAUGCGGUCAUCUGUAACGUCUCGAUCGAUUACUUGACGAGACCUUUGGAUGUCCUGUAUCAUACCGCCAACGUCAUCAAACCUGGCGGUUGGGUCUACUUGGCCAUCUCGAACAGAUGUUUCCCGACAAAGGUCGUGCGUCCCUGGCUCAACCUCUCGGAACCCGAACGUCUAGACCUCGUCGCCUCCUACUUUCACUUCGCCGGCACUGCCUACUCGCCAUCUCCGCCCUUACCGAAGACGACGGUCAUGAAGCAACCUGCUCGGCCUGACGAUUCCGGCUAUCCCGGUAUACAGCCGGGUGGACUGUAUGAGCAGAUCGAGUCGAUCGAGGUCGUCUCAAGGGAGAGUCGAUCGGAUCCUUUGUGGGUCGUCAGGGCCAAGCGAAGGUCGGAUUGAGUC